ACAGACAACUACACACACACUACACACCACACACACACACUACACACCACACACACACACAUCCUUCGACGCUCGGAAGCCAAUACCAAGCAGGUUCCCACCCGUCACUUCCUACGCGCUGCCUUGCCUUGCCCGUAGAAGCACCCGCCACCCAUUCAGUCUCCUCUGUCAUUUCCCACUUUGCGAGACACACCCACCCACCCCCUCGCUUCCUCGCAUUCCCCUCCCCCUACCAUCCACUCUUAUUCCUUGGUUCCCUCGGCGAUCACCCAAACAGUCAAGCUACCUUUCCAGAACUAGCACACGUCAAACGUGCACACUCGAGACGUUGCUCAACUUGCCGCACUGGUCAACGAUUCCCCCUCUUACCUCCACUGCCCUCCCUACUCCGCUCCUCCGCACGUGGCCGGCGUAGAACCAACAACCUCGCCUUCCUUUCAAUCAACUCAACGUCGUGCCCGAUUCGAAUCGGCACCCACCAGCCUAUUGCCGAAGGCCCAUUCCACGUCCGACACAUAGCUCAGCAUGAACCCCCACAAGAUCAAUAAAGUUGACAUCUCGCAACUCAGCGAGCAGGACCAAAAGGCGUUCAAGCUCUAUGGCAAGAUUCCAGGCAAGAACCUGCUCUCCAAGAUGCAGAAGGAGCGCAAGUACUUUGACUCUGGCGACUACAUGAUGUCCAAGGCGGGCGUCUCGCCUCCCCAGCCUCUUGGCACCGCGAUCCCUACUCCCGAAGGCCUUCCUCACGCUUCUCCGCCUUCGAACGGCCACCUGUCGUCGUCGCCCACGGGCCAGCCCAUCCCUUUCCCGCUCGGCGGUUUGGCGGACCGAAGGGCGUCGGCUGCACCAGUUGGUGUCGGCAUUAGCCCCGCGGCAACGAGCGAGGCCAUGGCUGUGCCCGGCAUCUCGCACCAGAGGCGGAGUUCCGAAAGCGGAUUGCGAGUCUCGCCCCCAGGGACGAUGCGCGAGGGCCCGCAGACGUCGUCUUACCCGAUCCAGCACCACACGUUUGGCAGCUCGCCUGUCAAGACGAGCGCUUUGGCUCGCCGCAUCGACGAGGACAUUGAGGUCUAAGGCCAGAUCUGGCAUGUGCGGGGUCUGCAACAUGUUGUGAGGGUGCGACGGUGCGAUGUGCGGCCAGCGGCGGUACGCAACGACGGGCAGGACUGUGCGACUCGCCUCCCCGACUGGCGGGCCGCGCGCAAAAGCGGCACAGGGACACCGACACAAGGUUGUUGUCGUGCCCAUGAUGAUGUUGUGACGGGUUUGCAUCGACUGGUGUAGGAGUACGAGGCGUGAAAGGAGUAGAUGUGAAGGGCCAGCGAGGGUCCUGGGCGUGUUACAGUCCAGAAGUGUAUAGGUUGUGUGACAUGGGUCGAGAGCGGAGUGAUCUGAUCUUGGGCUCGUUGUCCUAUGUAUUAUCAUCAUAGGAG